UUUUCUUUACGUAACCUGUGAUCCAAUGUUAGCUCUGCUUGACUGUCGCUAGCAGCAGCUAACUAACGGUAGCUUUAACUAACGUUAGCUAAUGAAACGCUUUAUCUUAGCCUGUGCUAGUUAGCUAGCAUAACGGUCGAAUAGGCAGCGACUCUGACAGCUGUCACGUAACAUCGACGUUUUUGUAAUGUUAAGCUUAAAGAUAUGUAGGCAAAUUUAUUUUAAUCUACGUUAUGUUUCUGCUGUCUUGCCACUUUAACGUCAACUUGUUAUCAAAAAUAUGUUUAACUGUGCAGCUAACGUUAGCUUAAUUGUCUUGUUUGCUCUGUUGCAGUGUUUUGACAGUUCUGGCUUUUUGCUCCUGUCUGCAUGGCAGGGGCCUCGUCCAUGUGGGCUUCAUGCUGUGGUCUGCUGAAUGAAGUCAUGGGUACUGGGGCCGUCCGAGGCCAGCAGCCAGGAUUUGGGGCCGGUGCUGGACCCUUCAGAUUUGCCCCCAGUGCGGGAUACUCCACAUACCCGCCCACCAGCUCAGGGACUCCCAGUCUUGUAUGCAAGGCCUGUGGUCAGGCCUUCUCAGUGUUUAAGAGGAAGUAUAUUUGCUGCGACUGCAAGAAGAGCUUCUGCUCUCUGUGCUCCGUGCUUCAGGAGAAUCUGCGCAUUUGUGCCACAUGUCAUUUGCUAAAAGCGACGGCCUUUCAGCGGCCGCGGCUCAUGCGCCUGCGAGUCCGGGACCUGCGUCAGUACUUGCUGCUUCGUAACAUCCCGACCGAUACCUGCAGGGAAAAAGAGGACUUGGUGGACUUGGUGCUCUGUCACCAAGGCAUUGAGGAAGUGGAGGAGCCCGACAUGAGCAGCCUCCGCUCGCGCUCCCUGUACACGCCGACUCCUUUUACCACGCAGUCGGCCUCCGAGCUGUCUGCGUUAGUCGCCUCUCAGGAGGAGCAGCACCUCAGCAGGAGUGAUAGCUCUGAUACCAACCAGGAUAUAGGUGAUGCCACUUCUGUGUCUUUCCUCAACUUGGAUGCAAGUGAACACACACCUGAGGUCAGUCCUCAGUCGUGGCGUCGGGCCAGAGGGUCUCUCUCGGACCUUUCCAGCUUGCGGGACAUCGAGGGCCUGUCUGUCAGGCAGCUGAAGGAGAUCCUUGCCAGGAACUUUGUCAACUAUUCAGGGUGCUGUGAGAAGUGGGAGCUGGUGGAGCGGGUCAACAGACUGUACAGAGAGAAGGAGGAGAACAGGAAAUCAUUGGAAAAUGUGAGCACUACUGUAACCACAGUGGAGCCCCUCCCCCCUCCUAUCUGCAACGGGGCCCUCUCAGACGGUGAGAAGGGUCCGCUGACGAUCCAAGACGACAGCCUCUGCCGGAUCUGCAUGGACGCGACGAUCGACUGCGUUCUCCUGGAGUGCGGUCACAUGGUCACCUGCACCAAGUGCGGCAAGAGGAUGAACGAGUGCCCGAUCUGCCGGCAGUACGUCGUGAGGGCCGUGCACGUCUUCAAGUCCUAAUGCAUCACUGCAACGCCGCAGCAGCUCAGACUGAUACUGCACCUUACAUCCACCAUGCAGCUCAUAACCUUUGGAUCCCCAAAAGACUUAUUUUGUAGAUUCUCUUAUGUUUGUAUUCCUCUCACAUUAUUUGCACAUUGCAAUAUUACGACAAAUGUGUUUUUCUUAAGAAAUUGUCUUCAGUUUCACCAGUGGACAGGAGCAACGGUCAACUCUCAAGUAAACAUAUCUCAUAUCUGUGUUCGUUUCCAAAAGUGUCUGUUUUGCUUUUCUGGCAUAUUUUUUUCAAAGCAAAGAAUGUGUGGCACUCAGCCACGUGCAGUCUUUUUUGAAACACAACUGGUCACCCUCAGAUCUGCCUAUAAACUGUAGCUUCAGAACAUCUCUCUUCACGACUGUCACUGCAAGGGACUACAUAUCUUAGUAACACCAAGGAGAGACACAUAGCAAACCUCACCACAGGAGAGAAGAACAAGGUGCCAAGUAAUAGGUCAUCAUGCCCUUAAGCUUCGCACCCGACUAUGUAUGUGUGUGUGUGUGGCACAUUUUAGCAGAAAACACUGUGUGUUAAUGCACCACUGCUCACAACCCACUGCAAACGUUGAGCGGUAAUAGUGGCUGAGGUAGCAUGUGUGCUAAUUCUUGAAUACUCUGAAUAGUCAGAGGAAAAAGUGAAUUAGAAAUCACUGAGUUUCUUUUCCUGUUACUCAGCCCACAAAGUUGUGCUUUGCUUUUGCAACUCAAGGAUAUUGGUGAUUUUAUGAUGAAGUCAAUGCAUUAUCAAUUAUAUUCACUUAUUUGUUAUAUAAGCGCAUAUUGUCAUGCAUUACACGUUAAAAUGGUCGUACAAAGUCUGUCGUCAUAGCAAUAGCUAACCCCCACUGUCACCUCUGUCUCAGCACUUUGAGACAAAAGACAAAAAUCGGUGCUAACUCAUACAACCAUUGUCCCGGUUUUCCAUCUGAACUGUGGAUGUGAAACUCUGAAUGUUCAUUUUUGUUAUUGUCGUAUAUUGUUGGGAGUGGAAUGAAGUGUCUUAAUGCUUUCUAGUUGAUUUUCUCUUCUGUAGGAGUGAUGUAUUGAACUAACUAUUCAAAGAUAUAGCUACGAGUUUACUGACACCUGUGGUAUAGAAGGUGUAUAGAAAUCAUGACUUGCUAAUGUGCAUUUGCAUAGAAGGAUCCAUAUGAGAUGUGUGUGUGUAUAUAUAUAUAUAUAUAUACAUUUUUUUUUCUUUUCCAUUUCAUUUAAAUUGUGUAACAUCAGAUUAUUGAGAUGUCUGGGAUUGGGUUAGUUUUAUUAUUACAGCGUUAGUUUCCAGUCAAACGGUUUGAAAUGCAUCUGCUUCGGUUUGCUUGAGCUAAAGUUGCCUCUUGAACCAGAGUAUGACCAGAACCUGGUAAUGUUACAUCCCCCCCCCCCCCCCCAUUUAGAAGUAUCCAGCUCUGGACUGCACCCACACAACAUUGCUGCUAUUAGAGUAAAGAUCCCCUCUACAAUCUUGAACAGUAGCAGAGCAGGUUGCACUUUUCUUUAGAGAGGGUGUAAGCGUGUGCAAGGUUUGGUCUUUGUAUUUGGGAAUGUUAAACUUUUUAUUUUGGUAAUUAAAAGAUUUUAAUUAAAGUCUG